AUGUCGCAGUUUGAGUUCCACGCCGAAACAUGCGAGGAGUUUUCUCAGAUCGCACAUGCAAAUAUUGAAUCAUUAUUGAAGGAAUUAGAUAUAGAUGAGAAAAUUGCUCUGUUGUCAGGCGACGACUUUUGGCAUACGGUGCCUGUGAAGCGACUAGGAAUCCCGUCUGUGCGACUAUCAGAUGGGCCAAAUGGAGUCAGAGGCACACGCUUCUUCGGAAGUAUACCUUCUGCCUGUCUACCCUGCGGAACUGCAAUCGGUGCGACAUUCGACAAAGACCUAAGCCGAAAGAUCGGAAAUCUCCUUGGAGACGAAGCGAAAGCCAAAGGAGCACACGUCGUCCUAGGACCUACAAUCAAUAUUCCGCGAGGCCCAUUAGGUGGUCGAGGCUUUGAGUCCUUUUCAGAAGAUCCUGUACUUUCCGGGGUUAUUGCUGGGCAUUAUUGCAAAGGACUGAAGGACAAAAACAUCAUAGCAACGCUGAAGCAUUUCGUGUGUAACGACCAAGAGCAUGAGCGAAUGGCAGUUAGCUCGAUUGUAACGGACAGAGCGAUGAGAGAAAUUUAUCUUUUGCCCUUCAUGAUUGCGAUUAGGCUCGGAAAGCCAGAAGCUAUCAUGACUGCAUAUAAUAAAGUGAAUGGCACACAUGCUUCGGAGAGUGUGAAAUUGCUGGGAGAUAUAUUACGAGGAGAGUGGGCUUGGGAUGGUUUAGUGAUGAGUGACUGGUUCGGAACGUACAGCACCUCAGAAGCCAUCAUGGCAGGCCUAGAUCUAGAAAUGCCCGGUCCAACAAGGUGGCGCGGUAGUGCCCUCAAUCAUGCUAUAGCAUCGAACAAAAUCUCUACAGCAGUCUUGGACAAUCGAGUCCGUCAAGUUCUGAAACUGGUGCAAAGGGCCAGUAAAUCAGGAGUCCCCGAGAAUGCUCCGGAGACUGAGCUCAACCGAGAUGAAGAUAGGGAGUUGUUGAGAAAGGUAGCCUCUGAUGCAAUUGUCCUUCUCAAAAAUGAAGGUCAUGUUCUACCGUUGAACAAAAAUCGGAGGAUAGCCGUUAUAGGACCAAAUUCCAAAAUUGCCACCUACAGCGGAGGUGGCAGCGCAACUCUGAAACCAUACGAAGCUAUCACUCCAUUCGAAGGAAUAGCAGGUUCAGCUUGUGCAGGAGUUGAUUUUGCGCAAGGAGUCUACGCCCAUCAACUUCUACCUGUAAUAGGGAAGCAACUUCGCACAGAAAACGGCCUGGUUGGGUUUUCACUCAAGUUUUUUAACGAUCCACCGGGGGCACCUAGACGAGAGCUACUUGAAGCACGGUAUGAAACGGAUUUCAGCCCUUUUUUUCUCGACUACAAUCAUCCUAAUCUUCGCGCUACUUGGUAUGCCGAUGCAGAGGGUUAUUAUACCCCCGGAGAGUCCGGUAUAUAUGAUUUCGGACUUUGUGUUCGGGGAACAGGAAAGCUUUACAUCGAUGGUAAACUGCUUAUAAACAAUGCCGACAUGCAGAAGCCAGGACCAAGUUUUCUCGGAACUGGAACCGUAGAAGAGAAAGAGUCUCUUGAACUGGUUGCAGGGCAAACAUACCGGAUUCUUGUCCAGUGGGGUAGCGAGAAGACAAGUAAGAUUAGAGUUCCUGGUGUGGUCUACUUCGGACACGGAGGUUUCAGAUUGGGCGCUGCUAAACGGAUCUCACCUGAGGAGGGGAUUGAAGCUGCCGUCAAACUAGCUUCGAAUGUUGACCAAGUCGUAAUAUGUGCUGGCUUGAGUUCUGAAUGGGAGUCAGAGGGUGAGGACCGACUCAACAUGAAAUUGCCGCCUCAUAGCGAUGAGUUGAUAUCUCGUGUUUUGGAUGCGAAUCCCAAUACAGUGAUCGUAAUUCAAAGCGGUACUCCCGUCGAGAUGCCAUGGGUUGCGAAAGCCAAGUCUGUUCUGCAAGCGUGGUACGGAGGAAACGAAUGUGGACAUGCUAUUGCAGAUAUAAUAUUCGGUGAUACUAAUCCGUCGGGAAAACUGCCGCUCACAUUCCCUCGGACGAUCAAACAAAAUCCCACAUAUCUAAACUACCGUUCUGAGGGAGGCCGAGUCUUGUAUGGAGAAGACGUAUACGUUGGCUAUCGAUACUAUGACGAGCUAGAGCUCGAGCCAUUAUUUCCCUUUGGCCAUGGUCUUUCAUAUACUACCUUUGAGCUGUCUCUGCUGGACUUGAAUAGGGAUCGUGGGAUGGAACUUGAGAUAUGUGUGUCUAUAAAGAACACGGGCUCACGGGCUGGAGCGGAGGUUAUCCAAGUAUAUGUGUCUCCCGUCUCACCACCCAUCAAACGACCAGUGAAGGAGCUUAAGGAAUUCGCCAAGAUAUAUCUUGAGGCCGGCAGUCAAGAAGAUGUCAGAUUAAACUUGGAUUUGGUUCGCGCAACAAGUUUUUGGGAUGAGAAGGCUUCCAGCUGGCGCAGUGAGGCCGAUACUUAUAGAAUAUUGGUUGGGACCAGCAGCCGUGGUAAUUUCUUGGAAAGCGAGGUUGUGCUAAAUGAGACGACCUUCUGGUCGGGCCUAUAA